UAUCGCGAGUGGUCACGUCGGUUACGUCUUACCAGCUGUCAGCCAUCGAUUGUGAGCGCACUAUCGCUACCUUGGAAAAGGAGUAAUUCGCGUCCCGAAGGAGGCACGCACCGGCCCUCGCGACGGAUCGUUAACGCGACACACGUUACCUUGUCGCACCUCACGUGAAAUCUGGCCGACCAUGGACAGUAACGUUCGUCACAAUACGCCGCCCCAAACAAGUGCGGAUACCAGUGGCGAAGCGUCGCGCAAUAACGAAAUUCCUACACUUACCGUGGCUAUGUCAGUCAUGGCUGACAUGCUCGGUCAUUCCGGCAGUUCUGCCGCUGCACUGGCCACAACUGCAAAUCGAAUGACUGACGGAGAGGAGAUUCCACCCCCAAAACCAGAUUUUUCUGCGCCACCACCCUACGAGGUAGCCACAAGAUUACCUAGUUACGAAGAGGUGCAGCGUGAAAAAAAUCUGCAGGGGGAACCUCAUCCUCAAAUACACAUGCUAGGGAAUGUCAGAGCACCACAACAACCUCUGACAAUACUGGCUAUAGAUACUGAAGCUGCGGACGGAGAUCCGGAAAGUGGGCUACUUGGCACGGAUUUUAUGUUCUUUACAGCGUUUCUUGUUGCAUUCCUCUUUAACUGGAUCGGAUUUUUGCUGCUGAUGUGUUUCUGCCACACUAUCGCCUCUCGUUACGGCGCGCUAGCUGGCUUCGGAUUAUCCCUGACGAAGUGGACCCUCAUUGUCAAACACUCCACUGAUCUUGCUUCGCGAGAGAACUCAUGGCUGUGGUGGCUAAUAAUGGCAUUUGGGAUUCUAAUUUGCAUACGUGCCAUUAUCCAAUACCUGAACAUCAAACGCGGUUGGGGGCUAUUGUCUGGCAGCGCACAGGAACGUUUACUUUUUUUCUAUUAAAAAAAAAACCAGUGAAUAUGUAUCUGCACCUUUCUUCAACUUGGCUUUAGAGCAAGCAUUUCUAUGUGAGGUUGUAUUUGUAUUAUAUAUAUAAUCGACAUCCUUAAGACGGAGAGCAUCGUAUAUAGGUCGUAUAUUGUCUAUCGUAUCGUAUCUAUAUAUAGCAAACGAGAAGUCAGAUCAUUUCAAAAUAAUUUUUUGCCAAAUUCUCUACGUGAAAUGAAGAUAAUAAGAAAGAAUCGAUAAAGAGAUGCAGCUCGUUUUACGUGUGCUUAUUCACGCACACACCACACAACACACACACACAUACACACACACACACACACACAAAGGCAAACAAUUUCAUGUGAUGUGAAAUGCACUAUGAGAAGAAACAAUGUACAUUUUUAUUGCUCAAAAUAAUACGAACAGUGCUUUAAGCCGAAAAAUGAUCUUAUUCAUUUGUGCGUCGUUCGCUUGGGUGCGGACCGCGUGUGUAUAUUAAACGCGCAACAUUAUGCAAUUUACGUAUAUACAAAAAGUCAAAAUGAGUCGUGCUGGAAUACGAAAAAUAAGAUUCGUUUAUUUCCAGGUAAGCGUAAUGAAGGACAAAAAGUUCUGAUAGUAUAUAAUAUACAUUCUAGUGCUAGAGAGGAGCUUUUAGAAAUUUGACUAUAUACGAUAAGUGUAUUGAUAUAUCUUGCUUGUUUAUAUAGAAUACUAUAAUUUAUAUAUAUAUAUAUAUAUAUAUAUAUAUAUAUAUAUAUGUAGGAGAACUCUCUUAAGGAAUUCUAAGAAGAGUAAUAAGUUAAAAAAAUAUAAAUAUUAUAUAUAUAUGUAUUAAAAUUUUAUUAUAUAACAAAGCGAUAUGUUAUACGUUAUUCUGUGAGACACAUUUUAUUGUUAUACUUAUUACAACGAUAAAACGAGAAAAUACAGCCGGCAUUUUACGUUUCCCCUCACUCCGUUUUAGUUUUAGCACCGAAUACAAUAACACCUAUAUAGUCCAAGUGCACGUUAGACGCUUUAUACAAAGAUGUUUAUACAUGUUACACACGUGCAAUGUACACACAACAUAUUUUCCAACAGACAUUUUGCAAAUGCAUCAAGUAAAUAAAUUUUUAUCCGUCAUCGAAA